UGGGUUUGUUUGUAGUUCUGUAAAAACUUUAAGGACAAAUCAGUCCUUUCACAAUGAACAGGUUGUUGUUUGCUGAUAAUAAGGUUUGAGUCUGGUAAUGAAAUGCAAAUAAAAAUCAAUACUUUGCAGAGAGAGAUGGCAAAAUUCUCACUUGAAGAUGGAGAAGGGUCAAGCUUUCCAAGGCCAAAAAGACAAAGGCCCUCUUCUCCCUCUUCUCCUCCUCCUGAUUUUACCAUGGGAGAAAUUGUUCGCGAGGAUGAAGAAUCUGAAGAAGAUGAGGAAGAGGACGAUGUGGACACAAGUGAUGGAAGUGAAGAAGAAGAUGAGGAGGAGGAGGAGGAGGAGGAGCAGGUGGAAGAAAUAGUUAGACCACAACCACCACCACCACAACGACAACCACAACCACCACCACCACCACCACCACCACCACAACAACAACAACAACCACCACCACCGCGGCCGCAAGAAAAUAAUCAGAUAACAACUGUGGGACUACAGCCACCACAACACAGAUUAUUUGAGGCUUCAGUCUUUCUAGGACAUACCCUUGUGGGGCCAAGCAGAAAUGGGGUUAUUUAUGCAACUUUAUCAGACCCAGAAGUUCUUGAUUGUCCCAUCUGCUGUGAACCCUUGACCAUUCCUGUUUUUCAGUGUGACAAUGGACAUACAGCUUGCUCUUCAUGCUGCAUAAAACUUCAACACAAGUGUCCUUCUUGCACUAUGCCUAUUGGCUAUAACCGCUGUCGUGCCAUUGAGAAAGUUCUUGAAUCACUGAAAGUAUCAUGCUCCAAUAGUAGUUAUGGGUGCAAAGAAAGCAUUUGUUACAGUAAGAAAUACGAACAUGAUAAGAGUUGCACCCAUGCUCCAUGUACAUGCCCCCUGCCAGCUUGCAACUACCAGGGCUCAUCUAAGCGUUUGUACCAACAUUGUAGGAUUAAACAUUUAUGUGACUUGACAUCUUUCCAAUUUAAUACCAGCUUCCCUCUUUUCUUUAUGGUUGAUCACAAAUUCCGUGUUCUUCAAGAAGAGAAAGAAGAUGUUUUAUUCAUUCUGACUAAUAGAUCGGAGUGUCUUGGAAAUGUGAUCACUGUUAGUUGUAUGGGGCCUUCUUCAUCAAAGCAAGGAUACUUUUAUGAACUCACAGCAAAAGCGGAGGGAAGCAAUGUCAGAUUCCAAUCUUCCACUAGAAAUAUCCAAACCAGAGUCGAUCACCCUCCAUCACUGGGGUUCCUUCUAGUCCCAAAUGAUUUCCUUGGUACCCAUGGGGGGAUCACCUUGGAUGUCUGCAUAUGGCGUCUUGGCUCAUAUCCUUCUGUAAGCUCUGCACUAGGCAGCUCUAUCCAAUGUAAGUGAAUAAAAAAGAACCAAAUUGCAACUUGUGAGUGGCCCUUUCGAAAUUGUAAAAGCAGAUGUGACUAGCCUGUUUCGUAGUUUCUAUAUCCUUGUUUAAUUUCUGAUUGAAUCUUUUUAUUAUGAUGAUAUUACUACAAUGAUAUUCAUUUUCUACCCAUUGGUUUA